AUGUUCAAACCAGCGCCACCGUCGAGAUCCCGCCAAAUAACGCGCCUACAAGAAGUCGUGGUCUCUGACCCUGCACAGACAUGCCCCUUCCCCUCUCCCCAACACACAGACAGUGUCGUCGCCGAGUUCAAACCAGCGUCGCCGUCGAAAACCUAUCGCAUGCGGGAUAGAGGCGGUCUCCGACCUGUUUAUACCAUGCCGACGGCGGGUUUUCAACCCGCGGCGUCGACGUCAGGAGUAGGUGGUGGCCACAUGUGGAGUGGGAUGAAGCGGGCAGGCAACCCGCAUGGGGAAUUGAGUGAUGGCGGCGUCCAUUCAGUUUCCUUUGGGGAAUUAGUUCACGGAUGGCCGGAUGCUAAGCGAAGGACGGGUGGUGGUGGCUUGGUUAUUAAAUUCAAGGGUUUCUAA